UCAUAUGUAGUACAUAGUAGGAACUAUGAACAGAGUAUGGAAGGUAACGGUCAGGCACCUCACCGGAAUAACCACACCAACAGCCAUCCAAUCCAAGAUAAAAUCUCUAUGCAACUCUGGAAGACUAAAAGAAGCUCUGAACAUUCUUGACUCAAAACCCAUACUACUAGACUUGUCGCUGUACUCACCAAUUUUGCAGCUCUGCAUUAAUUCCAGAGCGGAGAAAGAAGGUCGAUUUGUCCACGACCAUAUUUUGGGAAGUGGGCUCAAUUUGGAUUUGCAUUUCAACACCAAGCUGGUGAUUUUUUACUCAAAAAUUGGAGAUAUUAAAGCUGCUUAUGAUGUGUUUGAUAAAAUGUCUAGCAGAAGUGUUGUGUCUUGGACUGCCAUGAUUUCCGGGUUUGCUCAAAAUGGAUAUUCAAAGGAUGCUCUGGAGACUUUUCAGGAAAUGCGUUAUUCUGGUGUUAAGGGUAAUCAGUUCACUUAUGGGAGUGUUUUGAAGGCUUGUACAAGUAUGUUGUGUUUAGAAGUGGGUAAACAGAUACAAGGAUGUAUUGUAAAGAGUAUAUUUCUUGACAAUUUGUUUGUGCAGAGUGCACUUGUUUGUUUGCAUUCACAGUGUGGAAGGAUGGAGGAUGCUCAGUAUUUGUUUGAGAGGAUGUUGGAGAGGGAUACAGUAUCUUGGAAUGCAUUGAUUGGUGGUUACGCUGUUCAGGGGCUUGCAGAUGAUUCCUUUGGAACGUUCCAGUCGAUGCUAAGAGAUGGUAUGAUGCCUGAUCAGUUCACUUUUGGGAGUGUUUUGAGUGCCUGUGGUGGAGGUAAAGCUCUUAUCAAGGUUAAACAGAUACAUGGUCUUAUUAUCCACCUGGGUUUUGGAUCUUAUGAAAUAGUAACUGGAUCAUUGAUUGAUGCUUAUGCAAAAUCUGGAAGUGUGAGAAGUGCAAAGCUUUUGUAUGAUUCUAUGCCAGAAAAGGAUCUGAUUUCGUGCACAGCAUUGAUCACUAGGUAUGCACAUGCAGGUAGGUAUAGAAUGGAGGCGUUGGGUCUCUUUGGUGAAAUAAUUCAGAUGCAAAUGAGAAUGGAUAGUAUCAUCCUUUGCUCCAUGCUUAAUGUAUGUGCUAAUUUGGCAUUAUUGAGUUUGGGAAGACAAAUUCAUGCGGCUGCAUUAAAAAAACAGCCCAGUUACGACGUGGCCAUGGGUAAUGCUUUCAUAGAUAUGUAUGCUAAAUCUGGAGAAAUUGAAGAUGCUAACCGUGCUUUUGAUGACAUAAAAGAAAAGAAUGUAAUUUCUUGGACUUCAUUAAUUUCCGGAUAUGGGAAGCAUGGAUAUGGAGAAAAGGCUAUUAAACUUUUUGAGAAGAUGGAAGAUAACAAGUUGAAGCCAAAUGACGUUACAUUCUUGACUCUUCUUUUCGCUUGUAGCCAUACUGGCAUGACCACUAAAGGAUGGGAAUGCUUUACUUCCAUGGUUAACAAGUACAAAAUUAGUCCUAGAGUUGAGCAUUAUGCUUGUAUGGUCGAUCUUUUUGCACGAGGGGGGCAGUUGGAAGAAGCCUAUGAAUUAGUAUUGCAGAUGAGUAUCAGGCCUAGUACCUCAAUUUGGGGUUCUAUUCUUGGAGCAUGUAGAAUCUAUGGCAAUAUGUCUCUUGGUGAAGUAGCAGCCAGGCAUCUUUUUGAUUUAGAUCCCAAGAAAGCAGUUAACUAUGUUUCUCUAGCAGGCAUAUAUGCUGCAGCUGGUUUGUGGGAUGAUGCUUGUAAGAUGAGGAAACUGAUGAAAGACAGAGGUAUAGAAAAAGAUCCGGCCUGGAGUUCUAUUCAAUGCAUGAAGAAGAAAUUUCAACUUCUUGCCGCGAGUUAAGGAACUUUACCAUAUGAGUUGUGAGUUCAUGGCUGGUUCCUUUACCCUGUUUAUGACCAUCAAGAAGGGACAGAUCUGGGAUUGUUAUCGGUAUCUACAUCCCCAUCAUGAGGUGGCUGAUAUGAUAUCGAUCUUACCAAGGACCUAGAAAAGGAAUGCUUGUUUCAUUUGCCCUUGCAGCCUUGCUGGAAGACCAUCAACAUGAGUCAUUAGGAGUCUUCAGCACUUGAUUGACAUUGCAAUGUUUCGUUGAGCUUCUCUUGUAUCAACCUGUUGGAGUUGCCAAUUGCUAGAUCAACU